AGAAUAUCUAUCUGUGGUCUGCUUUAACCAAACUUUUUCUGUUUACCGAAUUCAGUAAUUUUCAUUUAUUAGUGCUUUUUAAAUGGUUUAAUAAACAUUUUCUCAUAAUAUCAGCAAUAGAAAUGUUAUCCCAAACAGCGGUAGUGCGUAAUCUACCGCAACAAAACCUUUUAAACGAGUUAAACGUAUUUAUAACAGGAACAUCCAAAUCCAGCAAAAUCAAAACAGUAGAACUAACCAAAACUGCUUUAUUACUCUUAAGAAAACUACCAGCUUGUAGAGGAGCUGUUUUUAAUUAUUUCUGUAAAGUAUUUGAUACAGCUUCAGCCAAUUAUAUACAAGGAAUAGAGACUGAAAUCAAGACCGGGAAACUACCAAAUCUACCUGAAACUGAUGAGUUAGUUAUUUCAGAGAUUCACCUUACUUUAGUAUCAUUAAUAUCAGAAAAUUCAAUAGCUUGGGCCCCAACUAUCUGUACAUGGUCUUUGGAACUUCUUGGUGAAAUUUCAACUAAGUAUUCGGGAAGAGCUCAUGUUUCUUCAAGUUUAAAUGAGACACUACAACUAUGGAUGGCCUGCAGAGCUACAAGAACUUUGGUCGAUAUAAAUACAAAGUGUUUAUCAAGCUUAAUACAUUCAGACACCGAAUCUUGUAUUAGUGCAUUGUUAGACACUUCAGUUAAACACUCCCCAUACUUUGACUGGGUUGUGGCUCACGUCGGGAGCUGUUUUCCCAAUACUGUAAUCACAAGGGUUUUAUCAGUGGGUUUGAAGGAUUUUUCACAAAAUCGAUCAUUUGAUCAAGUAAGAAAUUCACCAAAACUUCGAUCAGUUGUUGGAAUUUUGGGGCAUUUAGCUGGAAGUCAUGCCCAAGACAUCAGAGAAGCUAUUGUUGAACUUUUUCAGUGGAGUUUAAGAGAAACUUUUGAUGAUUCUGAUUUGAGUAGAUUACAAAAAAAAGCUACUGUACCGUAUAUUUUACAAUUAACAGAUUUAUCAAAUACUUUGUUAACUUCUAUAUGUAGUGAAACAAAGAAUUUGUUGACAGUGGAUGUUAUUGGAAAGUUAUACCACUUUAUUGAAGAAUGGAUAAAAUAUUUUGGAACUCCUGAAGCAUUAGAGGACCAUAUAAUAUCGUUAAUACUUCGAUGUGAGACUGAAGGUGUACAAAUUAUAGGAUUAAUUCUUAAUUGUACACAACUAACUAAAUUAAAAGGCUGUAAUGACGUUAUCAAGACAGAAAUUAGGGAAAAAGCUUUGGAAUUGUUAGAAAAUAUUCUUCAAGAAAUUGACGAGUCUGUACGAAACGGACACCCUGUAGAAGUCCUGAAUUCCUGCUCUAAAGAUAUACAGGAGUUGAACAACAUGCUUUUGAGCCAGAAUAAGAUUGUUUCUGAGGUCGCCAGUCGUCUCGUUUUGUGUUUAGGUUAUAUCAACCCUUCGAUACUGAUCAGAUCGGUUACAUUUCUCCUGGAAUUCGCCACGACCCCCGAACAGUUAGCCCUAGUUUUUAAAAUCCUCUGCAACGAGUUGGUUGACAAAACCGUGCCCCCGUACAGCGAAAAAGGGGGCCAUUUCUCCGUGGUUUUGGAGCAGAUUCUGAGCCGGCACAUUCAGCAAUUUUCCCUGUCGAACGAGGAGACUUUGGACUUGUCUCAGAUGUGGAAAAAUUUGCUGAUGUUGCUGGAAUGGGAAGAGAGCGAGACGGUUGCGAUUUUGAAGGCCAGGAUUGUGUCGAGGGCGAUCAGAGAGAAUUUUAUUCAUUUGACGUCGGUGUUCUCGAGCGAGGUGCAUCACAUGCAUAUCGUGGCGGAUAUUCUGGAUAAGACGCAGAUUCCUUCAGUUGGUUCGUCGUAUAGUCCGCCGAUAAGGGUGAUUUUGAAUUUGACUCAGUCUGCUGUGAAUUAUUUUUUUGCCUGCUGUAGGGAUGAAGGAACUUCUACGAAAUUUAGGGGUUUUAAAAAAUCCUGUAAUAUACUGAAAAGGUUGUGUAUUUAUUCAAAAGUGGCUAAAGUUUUGGCCCUUAGGGAACUCCUUGAAAGGGCCUUAUUUAAAAAUGACAACGUGUUAUUUGGUGCGAAAAAUCAUUCGGUGCACGAUGACAAUGAAAAAAUGCUUCUAAAACAAAACAAAAAAAUCAACAAGACUAUACCCCUAACCAAGCAUUCUACCGUCUUUAAUGGAGGUAUUAUAGGAAAAGGUAAAAGAAAAGCCACAAAUCAAGACACAAUAAGUGCAGACGUAAUUGCUUUUAACACUACUGAGUUGAUAAACGUUUUGAAAGCGUGCUGUGCCCUACAGGAAGAGAAUAAGUACUCUGAAAUUUCGCUGGACAGUAUGACGCUUCUUUCUUUAUUACUGGUUCAGUUUGUCAGUCCGGACGUCAUGUAUAAUGGUCUACCAUGGCCUGAGGAAGAAUUUUCUAAGGUUACCAUCGAGAGGGAUCUCUUUAUAAAACGUAUGUUCACCAACACACCUCUCCUGUGGGAUCUUCUGAGUUUUGUGGCUGUCAACAGGCCAGCUCUGUGCUACUGUUCGGUGCUGAUCAGAGCUCUGACAGCUACUCUAAUCCACCAAUGGAAAAGUAUGGGAGAUCAAGCCAAAACUGACGGAAACAAGCACUACAACGAGUUGACGGAAAUGACAGUUAAAGUUUUGGAUGUCAUGGCGUUAGGGCAGCUUUUGCCGCCGCCACUGAGUUCAGUCAGGGACGUCCUGCCGUCCUUAAGAUGCUGCGAGAUAGUGGAUAUACUAAGGGACUGUAUUUGGUGUUACAUGAGAGAUCACAUACCUUCACCUGCUUUAUUCAACUGUGAUCAAAACGGGAUUCACUGGAGAGAUCCAAUCACUGCAAGACCUCCGGAAAGGUACAUCAACACCUUAAGAAUCAUCAUGCAGAGAAACAUUGAAUCUGUGGGUCCUAUUUACGCACAGAUGUUCAUCAAUAUACCAAGACAAGAAUAAGGUUUGUUGUUAUUAAUUUGAAAAAUUCAGUUAAUUAUUAUUACGGUCGAAAAAAAAAUCGGUGUCAUAGUGGCCUUUGAAACGAGAAUCGAUGAUAAUUUUUGUCAGGUCGGCUUCUAUAUGUGUUAUUUUAUAAAAAUUAAUAGAGACACCUGUCAAAAAUCUGAUAUUUAUUGGAAAAAGACUACUAUGACGCCAUUUUUUUUCCUCGUUAAUACGUUAGGUUCACACAAUGAAUGGAAACAGUUGUUUUUAUAAUAUUUAUUUUUUAAUAAAAAUAAAAUACGUUUUUUUUUGUAAAUA